AUGACCCUCCAGGUUCAUCGCCCAAAGCAAGAGCUUCAAAUAGCGCCCACGGCUCAGCAGUCUCUAAAUCUGGUGAGAAAUCUGCUCGGUACAACGAUUGGGGCUAUCACAUAUUUGCGCGGACUUUUCCCAGAGGACAACUUCAAGGAUACCAGUAUGGGUGGGCUAGCCCUCAAAAGCCUUGUUCGUGACUUUUCUGUGGAAGCUGACGAGCUCAUGGACUGGCUGGAACGAGGUUGCUUUGAUGCUUUGGAAAAGCAAUAUUUAAAGACAAUGAUAUUCGGCAUCUACCUCUCUCCGGAUAACCCCGACCAACUCGUGGAAGCAUAUACCUUUGGGUUUUCCUACCCAGAGAAAGACCAGUGGUGUAUAACCAUCGAUUCGAAUGGCAAGCAAGCAUUUCGCUUGAGGACUAGAGGGGAGAUUAUGAAAGCCACUUCUGACAUGCUCCGCCGUCUGCUGAUUCUGACGCAAACUCUUCGGCCCUUGCCGGAAAAUGCCUAUAUUACCAUGAGACUAUUUUACUACGACGAUGUCACGCCAGCGGAAUAUGAGCCACCAUUCUUCAGAGCGGGUGACAAUGAUGAGAAGUUUUAUUUUGCUCAUCGUCCUGAGAAGAUAAAAAUUGGCCAGGUUGAGACCCCACAUCACGCCUUGAAUUUGCAUGUUCAAACAGCAUCCGACGGCAUUGAGCCGACGACCGAGGAUUUACAGUGCGACGACAUUCAUGAAGGAUCAAUUGAUAUGGAGUCACCGUUAGAGACACACGUGGAGGGUACCAUUCUCGAGCCUGAAGAUAUGUCAUGCCCUCUAUUGAACGUGACAGAGAAAAUGGAACAGAUGGUGAUUCAGGAAGAAGAACAUGAGAAGAACUCGCAGAGUAUGGAUAUCGACGUGCAAAUACUUGUAAAUGGCGAACUACCAGACAGGGAAGUGGGAAAGAUUCUAGCAAAUGCCAAAAUUGAACCGCAGGUCAUAAAUGUUACGAUGGAUGAUAAUGGUGAUGACACUCAAGAUCUUGUAAACCGCCUACGGGAUGGGAUCAAUGUUCCGAAUAGCCAUAGCAAUCUCAGCCGUAUGCCAUCUCAGGCAGAUUCAUGUUUCAGCGAAGGUGAAUCCAUCGAUCUAGCAAUGGAAGAAGCAAAGGAGUCAUUUCUGGAUGUUUCCAGAACCGGUCAAAGCGAGGCGGCGGAUCUUGGUAUAUGUCAGGUAGCCGCUGUUCCCGAUGCCGUCAGCACCACUGAGGUGGAUGAAGAUGCGAAAGCAGUUGCAGCAGAAGAAUACAACGGCGAGAAGGACCGAGUCAGUGAAGAUGCUUCGAAAAACCUGGAUUUGUCAACAGAUGAGAAAGCGGGCAACUCCAACCAUACCGACGCGGAUGAUGAAGGAGUGCUUGAUUGUCCAUGCGGCGUUGAUAAGGAGGACUUCGAUUUGAUUUUCUGUGGACGCUGCAAAAAAUGGGGCCACCUUAUGUGCUUCGGCUUCACGUCCCUGAAAGACAAGCGGAUCCCCAAAAACCAUCUGUGUUAUGCUUGUCUCAACGAUUUAAGCACGGACGGUACCCAAUACAAUUUGGAGCAAGUCGCGGAAGUUGCUUUGUUCCGUCGUGGACUAUACAUUGCAUGGACUGAAGGAAUUCCUACGAUAGCUCAGUUUGCUGUGGAGCUAGGUGUGGAUAUCUCUUUAGCUAAGCAGAUCGUGUUAAGGUUGCAAAAGGAGGGUUUCGUUACAGAUGUAAAGCCUGCAGGAAAACCCAAAAAGAGAGGCAAGAAGGGGACCGAAGACACACGCUCGCACCACUAUCAGGUGUUGAAAACACCCAAGCUCUGCGGACAUUUCCAACGGUGGUUUUCAAAAAUGUUUUUACCUAAAGAGCGCCAACAAACGGGCGAUGUCCCGAGCUCCCGUAACCCAGAUGUUGAAGAAAAAGACCCUGGAAGUCCGGUGAUCGAAAGGACUAAGAGCAUGACCCCGCUUCUUUCUCCGCCGGCCACAGUGCGGAAGGCAACUCCGAGAGGUGCUGUGACCCCACAGACACCUCGUCGCGUCACUCGUUCAAUGUCACGCUCCUCGUCUAUUGGGAUCGAAACUGUGGAUAUUACACCCUUUCAGGCAAGCGGUUACCAGAUCCCCACGCCCGCAACAAAAUCAACAGGAAAAGUCCGACAAAUGCAGCAGGUAGCAAGUGGUCAGGAUGUCAAGCGCAAAUUUCUGGAAAAGUUUGGGGAACCAUCCCAGCGGCAACUGACAGGAUUUCUGAGUUCUCAAGAGCUCAGCGAAGAAGCGCAACCUAUUCCCGUCAAGAGGCCUGUGGACACUCGAAAUGGGCCAUUCGGAGAAAACGCUGCAUCUGCAAGAAAGAAGCGGAAAGUAUCUGUCGUGACACGCGGCAUCGCGGUGCUGUGAAAUCAGGAUAGGAUUGUGAAUGACCUUAUCGUUGCAAACGUGACUACACUAUUGCAUUGGAAUCCUA